UCAAACGAAACCCUAGCACUUACUCCCUCAUUCUCCUUCCCUUCAGAGUUCAGAGAGACUGAGACUCUCCCCCAUCCCCAUCCUUGUCUCCUUCAAGCUUCAGCUUUACCUUGCUACUCUCCCCAAUUCUCCUUCGUGACUUCAUCCUUCCUGGCUUCCUGAAGAACCGAACGGCUGAACCCACCUUCCAAAACGGCAGCCACCCCAGCUCUGUCUCUGUCACCUCGGUUCACCGCCACGCCGCCACCGCACGCUCACCUCCGCUCGCGUCUCCUCCACUGCUCCACUCUCUUUCCUGCCGGUUGAAUUGAAAUGUUGAAUUGGUUUUGAAUUGCUGAAUUAGUUGAAUUGGUUUUGGAUUGGGUUCUGACAACUAUGUCCAGAAUAGUUGGUUUUGCAUUCUGGGAACUUUGAUUUCUUUUAUUUGAAAGGAAGAAACGAUGGUUUUUGGGCAAGUAGUUGUUGGACCUCCUGGCUCCGGCAAAACAACUUACUGCAACGGCAUGUCUCAGUUCCUCAAUCUUAUUGGAAGGAAGGUUGCUAUUGUCAAUUUGGAUCCUGCUAAUGAUUCUUUACCCUAUGAUUGUGCUGUGAACAUUGAGGAGCUUGUGAAACUCAGUGAUGUAAUGGUGGAACAUUCUCUUGGUCCAAAUGGGGGUCUCGUAUAUUGUAUGGAUUAUAUAGAGAAAAAUAUCGACUGGUUGGAAGCAAAGUUGGAACCACUUCUAAAAGAUCACUACCUACUCUUUGAUUUUCCUGGCCAAGUGGAACUCUUUUUUCUUCACUCAAAUGCCAAGAGUGUUAUCAUGAAACUCAUUAAGAAAUUGAAUCUAAGGUUAACAGCAGUGCAUCUGGUUGAUGCCCAUCUUUGCAGUGACCCUGGGAAGUAUGUCAGUGCAUUGCUUCUAUCCUUAUCAACAAUGCUACAUUUAGAACUGCCUCACAUAAAUGUCUUGUCAAAAAUUGAUUUAAUUGAGAGCUAUGGGAGGCUAGCCUUUAAUCUUGAUUUCUAUACAGACGUAGAAGACUUGUCAUAUUUACAACACCAUCUUGAUCAGGAUCCUCGCUCUGCGAAAUACAGAAAGCUCACAAAGGAAUUGUGUGAAGUUAUUGACAACUUCGGUCUUGUGAGUUUUACAACCUUAGAUAUUCAGGACAAAGAGAGUGUAGGAAAUUUAGUGAAGCUGAUAGACAAAAGCAACGGGUACAUAUUUGCUGGCAUAGAAGCAAGUGCAGUUGAAUUUAGCAAGAUUGCUAUUGGUCCCAAUGAUUGGGAUUAUUACAGAGUUGCAGCAGUGCAAGAGAAGUAUAUGAAGGAUGAUGAAAUUGAUUAUGAUGAUUAAUAUGGAGGAACAUUGGAAAGAAAAUGACGCAUUGAUAGUGCGAUGCCGAUUUCUGUAGAGUUUGAUUUUCUCUUGGGAAAAUUAUGAAAACAGGGAGAGUAGAGCAUCUGCAUUUUGGUUACAUGGCUUGUUCAACACCAACAAAAGCAGCUAUAAAAACUCUGUACAUGUUUGUGGGAGGUAGGAGCAAUUUGUGAAAAAGAGAUAUCAUAUUGAUUUAUGUCUCGUUGACAUCAGAUCUUAAGAUUAUAGAAUCAUUAAAUAUAACAAGGUUUUAUGCCAGCAGCCAACACAUCUAAUUUUAUUAUAUCUGAUAUCCAAAUUACAUUUUGAAUGAA